CCUUUCAGCUCAGUCCUUCCUCAGCACAAUGAGAAGGGGAAGUGUUCGCAGCAGCACAGUUCACUUAACUUCAGCCUGAAAACAAACGGAGCCCAACGGAUCCAAAUUCUACCAAACAGGUUCCAUUAGCAGAGUGUCACCAUGGCUCAAGGCUGCCUCAAGUGUUUAAAGUACACCAUGUGUGUCGCCAACUUCCUCUGUUUUGUGUGUGGAGUGGCGGUUCUGGGCUUUGGUGUGUACCUGAUGGUGAAACUUAACUUCGCCGCUCUCACCCCGUCUCUGGCCAGCCUCAACAUUCCCAGCAUGCUGCUGAUCAGCGGCAUUGUCAUCACCUGUGUGUCUUUCCUGGGGUUCCUGGGGGCCCUGAAGGAGAACCGCUGCCUCCUCAUGACGUUUUUCCUGGUGAUCUUCAUUCUGAUGCUGGUGGAGCUCACAGCAGCAUGCCUGAUGCUCAUUUAUGAGGCCGAGAUUGGCAAACUAGUGACAGAGGAUCUCAAAAGAGGUUUGAAAAAUGCAACUGGUACGGAUAAUAUGAGUGACUGGAACACAGUUCAGUUGACGUUUAAGUGCUGUGGAGUCCAUAAUGCAAGUGACUGGGGCAAUCACAUCCCUACUUCCUGCUGCAAGGAAAACGAAUGUACCUUGGGCAAACCGGAUUACAAAGAGGGCUGUUUGAUAAAACUGAAAGAAUGGUUUGAAGAAAACUUCCUAACUACUGGGAUCGCUGUCAUUGUUCUAUGCAUCAUUGAGGUCCUGGGAAUGUGCUUCGCCAUGACGCUCUUCUGCCACAUCAGCAGGUCUGGACUGGGAUACAAGUUGUGAACAGCCUGUGACCUGACAUCCUUGUAAAGUUACAAGUCCUCCUUAAAAACCUUGAAUUAAAUUUCCUUUUCUUGGACAUUAUAAAAAAAAAAAAAAGCAUUGUACAGAUUUUAUUAUUCACUUCACCUGUUGUCACCUCAGGUCAGACUGUGAAGUGAGCACUGCUGUAUUUUAUUUGUUGAAUAAUUUUCCUGCAUGUCUUUAUGCUAAACCAUUUCUGAUGCAGUUCUUUGUCUCUUAAAUCAGCCAAUAAAGUUUGGUUCACUCAGAGCUGACAUCCAUUUCAGCAGCCGUCUGAUUGUUGUCACGUGACUUCCUGUCUCAGCGCCCUGUGGCGGAGGCUUUAAAACCAAACUUCCUCUCCUGGCCAUUUUCAGCAAGAAACAAACUGCAGGAGCAGGAAUGAAAAACACAUCAACCAGAAUACAGUAACACAGAUUAAUUUAUUUCUCUCCAGAAUAAAUCCUGCAUCAAUAGUUUAAGACCAAAAAAAAAAAAAGAUAUAGAUACUAGAUAUCUAUGAAAUACUAGAAUUUCAUUUAUAUUUUAAAAUUGUUUUUGUUCUGUUUAAAACCAUCAGACAAAAAACAUACAAAUACACUUUCUGCAAUUUUUAAAAAAUGUAACUGUACACAGCAGAAUACACCGUUUAUUGCAAACUGAAAACACCUGACGCCGCAGAAACAACAGUAUUGCAAUUCACCUAAAAGAUAUGAAGAGACAAAAUAAAGAAACUACUGAUACAGCUCUCUCUUCCUUUAACUCUAUGAAACUAACAGCUGUGUAAAGUUUGGUCCACCCCACCCAGUGAGUCUCCACAUGCAGCACAGUGUCUCAGACGAGGCGCGGGACCCUGCAGGUCCACUGGACCAGAGCCGUCCCGGUUACUUCCUGCUUCAGAUAAAUAAGACGAGCGACAGCGGUUUGAAGACGCCGCCAUAUUGCAACACUGAGCCAGAAUUAUUGCAAGCAAACACAUAAGUGAGACCCUCUGAGUAGAGAAGGACCUGUGCCACAGAGCAGUUUGUCUCUAAAAUCAAAUCACAUAAAA